UUUCCAUAUUUUGCUGAGGAAAAUUAAUGAGCGCAAUACUUACAGCAGAAGACUUCAUGUCGAAUUAACAAGUAACAUUGUUGACAAAAGCACACAUCAUAUAUAUUAUAUUUGUUAUAUAUACAUUAUUAUAUCAUUAUAUCUAAGAAAUUUAAAAGUAUUGAUCAUUCUAGUCAAUAAUUGAUAGACAAAAAAAUAGGCCGGAUUAUUAAUAUUGCUAUUAUUAUUAAUAUUGUAUCUUAUCAAAUGGAGACAAUUAGCAGUAUACCAUCGAAUCAACCGCUACAGGUUACAAUUAAUGAUUAUGCUUAUCGUCUAAGAUAUGGUGUACCAGAAGAUUCGACAGUGAAAUUAUUCCGUGAAUACUAUCCACAUCGUUUUCAAGAAUUAUGUAUGAUCCAUUUAUCAUUUUUAAUUGAUAUUCCAUGGAAUUUUUUGGAUCAAAAAACAAUGUCAACAAAUAUUAAUAGUAAUAGUCAUAAUACUACUUAUAAUUCUACCAUGAGCAGUAAUCAUUCUUUGUUUACAAUGAAUCCAAUGAAUAAUGGGUUUACUUCUGGAACCACAACAACAACAGCGCCUGCAUCUACUCCAACAACAACAAUUACGUCGAAUACAAAUUCUUUGAGUACUACAAAUAUUGGUGGAGCGACAAAAGCUAUGCUUAAAAGAUUAUGGAUUAAUUGGCGUUUAAAUUCACAUUCAACAAAAUCCGAUUCAGUUCCAGAGGAUUUAGCAAAUAAUAUUAUCUGUUUAAUCGAUCGAUUGGAUAAUGAUGAAGCAUGUUGUGUUGAAGGUUUAUUCCGUAAAGCUGGGCAUACAAUACGUAAACGUCAAUUACAAGAAGCUUUACUACAGUCAUCAUUCGAUUCAAAAUUAUUUCAAUGGGACAAGUAUAGUUUUCAUGAUUUAGCUGGUGCAUUAAAAUCAAUACUGAUACGUUUACCAGUACCAUUAUUUACAGAACGUUUAAUCCCAUUAUUUUUACAAGUAUCUGCACUACGAAAAUUCAAGCAAUUCCAUAUGAAUGAACAAAAGACAACAUCAACGGUAACAAGUAAUGCAGAGACAACAGUUGCAUCAUCAUCCGCAUCCUCGUCAUCACCAUCAAUCAAUGAAAAGUAUUUAAUUCAUCUUAUUGAAAGUAAACAGAUUAAAGCAUUGCGUUUACUUAUCCAACUGUUACCAAUAACAAAUUUACGUAUAUUGAAACGUCUGUUGGAAUUAUUAAUUCGUGUGAAAGAUUUAAAUUUAAAAAAUCGUAUGACAAGUUUAUGUCUUGGUACAAUAUUUGGUCCUGUAUUAUUACCACAAGGUAUACUGAGUGAAACAGUGCGUAGUUUAAAGAAUUCUAAAUAUCCUUCAAUGGAAUGCCAAGAGAAAUGCCUCCAGUUGAGUAAACUCACAUGUCUCUUGAUUGAAACUGGCCUAGAUAUCUUCCUAUUGCCUUAUUCAUUAGUACAAGACAUUUGUACAAAUAGUCCAUAUUUAUUCACAUAUAAAUCUCAGAAAUUAAGUGCAGAUAUUGAGAAUAAUAACAAUAAUAGCAGUAAUAAUAAUGGUAAUAGUAAUACACAUAAGUUAUUCUCCAGUUAUCAUCAUCAUCAUCAUCACUCCUCAUAUUCUACACUGAAAAAACAAUCAGUAAAAUUCAAGGAUAUUCCAAUGUUAUUCCUUUCCUCCUCUUCCUCCUCGGCCUCCUCCUCUGCGUCUUCCAGUGUUUCACCUUCAAAAAAUUGUUGCUACAUGACCGAUGACCACCACGACGAUUAUGAUGAUUCUCCGCCUUUACGUACAGCGAUACGUUUUGCUACACCAACACCGACAAGUGUUGCAAAUUUUCGUCAGUUAACUUCACCAACAAUGCAAUCAACUGUGAAUAGCAAUAAUAAUAAUAAUAAUAAUAAUAGUACUGAUGUUGAAUACCUUCAACGCUUUCUCUCCUCUAAUCGUCAUUGCAAUACAAAUUCAUGCAUGCAUAGAAAUUAUAAACAAUACUUAUUAAAUAGUUAUACAGAUCAACCAAUUAAAUCCAAGUGGAACCGGUCAGCUGAUGAAAUUUCACUAGAUUAUUUAAGAUAUUCUCCAAGGGAAAAAAUUCAAAAAUCGAUUAGUGAAUCACAGAAUGAUGUAGUCAAAGCGAAUAAUAAUACCACGACUACACCAACCAACUGUAGUCAAUAUCCAGUAGAAUUAAUUGGCAAGACAUGUCGAUUACAAGCGAAUUCAAUCAUUCCAUCACCGAAUUGUUUAUCCCCGACAAAGUGUAGCAAAUAUACUAAAGAUAAUAUUGAUACUGUACGUAUUGACUGUAGUAAACGUAAAUUUGGUAAAAGGAGACGAUUCACAGAGUUACGAUUACCAACCACUUUGAGUCGUACAAAUGCUGGUGGGAAUAACGUUGUUGGCAACACUGGAGGCGGAUCAACUGGGCAUAAUAGCCAUGGUCAUAGUAGUAGUAGUAGUAGUCAUCGUCGAUAUAUCUUUUCACCGUGUCCUCCAAUCCCCCUUUUACCAUUUAGACGGUAAUGGUGCUUGUGUCGUCGGCGGGAGGUGAGAGCAGGGGUUAGACUUGCUUCCAUCCUCGUCAUUAUUGUCAUUAUCCUCACCGACCUCAACUUUUCUACGGCGUCAACGACACUGACGACUAAUUUCUAUAGAAAACCAUGACAAUAACAAAUGUAUCAGAAAAUCAUGGUAACUGAAUCAAUAAGUAACCUCUUUUACAUACUCUCAACAUACUACUUACACUACUAAUACUACUACUACUACUACUACAAAGAACACAAGAAUACCAUUUUGAACGCUCUAUGCACAUUACACAAGCACCAUUACAUUCGAUUCCAUGUAAUUACUUAUUUUUUAAAAUGAUUUCUUCUGUUAAUAUUCUUAUGUAAUAAAACAUUUAUUUUUAAAACUUUUUGCUAAUUGUAUAGAAAUAUGUACAUAAAGCUUAUUUUCUACACGAAAACAAUGUUAAAAUUUAAAUUAAAUUGUUAAAGUAAUUAAAAGUACCUCUUUUUUUAGAAAAAUAAAACCUCUUUUUCAAUACCUUGA